ACAAUCACUGAAGAAAACAUCCGCGAAAAAUAGAACAUCACCAAGGAUGUCAGAUGAUAGCAACAAGUAAUAUUUAUUGUUUUUUAUUCAAUAACAAACAGAAAAGAACAAAACGUUAUUGUGGUUUAUGUUAAUGUGCAAAACGAAAUGGAGACGAAAAGGCAACGCAGCGUAAAGACAAAACUAGACGAUGCUAUCAGUUUAGAUCGGUCAAUCAAUUACGAGUCACAUGAAGAAGAUGAGGAACUCGUUAACCUUAAGGAAUCUCUUAAAAUUACAGAUGAGAGUUUGAGGAAACAGAGGAUAGAAAAUGAGAAGAGAAAACUUCAGGAAGAACUACAAAGAAAACAAAAGGAACUUGAAAAAGAGAAGGAUAGAUACUUUCUGAAUACGUCACACCCAACGUUCUGCUGUCCCUACAUUAAUACUUUGCCUUUAAAGCAGAUGCAAAAUCCUUUUUCGACUGAAGGAAAGGAUCUUCCUCCUUCUCCGCAGCCAGAACCAGUGCAGCAAGAUGAUUGUUGUGAAGAAUUUUAUAUGAAUAUUAUCAAAGGCAGCUUAAGGUCUACUUUCGAGAAAUAUGGCCCAAGUAUAUGCACGGGAAGUGGUAAAAUAACGGGAGCCAAAUCAGUUGUGAUUGUUGGAGCCGGGAUUUCUGGAUUGUCUGCUGCAUUUGAAUUAGAAAAAGUAGGAUACAAUACUCAAAUUGUAGAGCUUCAACACAGAGUAGGUGGUCGAACGAAAACACUUAACGCUGGAUUCUCUGAUGGACUGCAUGCUGAAGGUGGUGCCAUGCGAAUUCCUAAAAAUCAUUACUGCACUAAUGGAUACAUCAAAAAAUUUGGCAUAGACUUGAGAUAUUUUCAAAAUUACAACGGUGACGCUUGGUUGUACCUCGAUGGUAUUGGUAAAAUUAGAACAAAAGACUGGGAAACCAAUAACAAAUUUUACUCGGACAAAUUCUAUCCAGGAUGGGAUGCCAACAUACCAGAUUCCGAACGGGAUAAAGUAGAUGGAAUAUUGCAUUUAUACAACCUAACCUUCAAUCCCGUGAAAGCUGAUCUUCUGGCUUUGAUUGAUUCGAAUGGUCCUCAAACUGGAUGGCAAAAAUGGGUAGAGAAAUGGAGUAAGCUCUCUGUGAAUGCAUAUUUGAGAUCUAAAAUUGGAGCUGAACCCACCUGCAUUUACAGACCUUGGCCUGAAAUUGCUAUCAGAGGAUAUCAGAUCGCAAGUUACUCUCCUGCUUUUGACACAAGUUUGGUGGAAUUUUUACGAGAUGAUUUAGGACAGUGGUGGACACAUUUGCUUAAAACUCCGGUCGAUGGGAUGGAAACAAUAGCCAAACAUUUUAUUAAACCAUAUACGUUCGAACGGAAAACUAUUGAUUUAUCAAGAAAUAUCAGCUUUGGUGUAAGGAUAAAUAAAAUUCGAAAAAUCUACAGAAAUAAGGUUGAAGUAAUAGGAAAAAAUGUCGUGACAGGCGAAGAUAAAUUGUUUUAUGCAGACGCCGUAAUUGUAACAGUUCCAUUAAACAUUCUUCGGCAAAUUGAUAUUGACCUUGGCGAAGAUUAUCGUAGAGCUAUUGGUUAUAUUCAUUAUCAACCUUCUACUAAGGUAGCUCUUCAGUGCAGAACAAGGUUUUGGGAGAAGGAAGUUGGACAAGGUGGAUUUACGAAAACAAAUCUACCAAUUGGCCAGUUGCAUUAUCCUAGCAAGAAUGACCCACUACUACCGAACGAAAGAGGGAUAUUAGUGUCCUAUACAUGGGAACAAGAUGCACUUAUCUUUGGUUCCCAAACUAAGAGUGAGGCAAUUGAAAGCGCUGUGAGAGAAGUAAGCAAAAUUCAUCCAGAAAUGGGUAAACAGUUUGAAGUCGGUAUGGUCCAAGCUUGGUUUAACGACGACGCCGCACAAGGCGCGUAUGCUUGUCUCCUUCCUUUUCAGUAUAAUGAAGGAAUGAAAACCCUGAUGACUCCAGAUCACCCUAUUUACUUAGCUGGGGAGGCUAUAUCAUACACCAACGGAUGGAUACAAGGAGCGAUAGAAUCUGGUCUAAAUGCAGCCUACCAUUUGUACAGCAAUAAUCAUUUUCAGCAGCACAUGUGUCAUGAGUGAAACAAUUAACAUUUAAAUCGUGCAUGUGACUUAGUCAUAUUAAUGAAGUUAUAUCAAACAAUUUUUAAAACGUAUAAUGUGUAUGCCGAUUAGUAGUACAAUUUGAAACUUUAUGUACAAUAUAUAUUUACAAAAAUAUUGACAGUUUAUUACUUCAUGUGUAAAUAUUCAUGUAUAUUUGAAAUUUAUGUUCAUGUAUAUUGGAGAUGAAAUAGUCUAUUAGCCAAUUA